GAACCGAAAUGAAGGGAUUCUGUGCACUCAUUCUGACUGCUGUUCUGUUGCUGAACGAGGGAUAUGUGGCUAACUCUGUUCCCUGGAGUAAAGGGAGAUCUACGACGGCAAGUGAGCUCGCGCACAUUUUAGUGACGGUUGCGGCUCCCUGUACGUUCAAGCAAACCAACUGUAAGAAUCCUGCUCUUGAUAUUGUCUUCGCUUUGGACAGCAGUUCGAGCAUUGAUGAUACGGAAUUUAAGGUGCAGAAAUAUGCAACACAGUUGAUCGCUGAAUUCAUUGAUAAGCAUGGUCUCAUUGCCCCUGAUGGAACCCGGGUUGGUGCAUUGACGUUUUCCACUGAUGUGGUCAGAGAGUUCGAGCUUAAUGAAUACACCGACUUGGCCACCAUUAAAGCUUACAUAGAUGCGAUUGACAAUAGAGUCGGAGCUACGAACAUAAAGUUGGCUUUAGAGACUGCGCAGCUCAUGUUUGAAGAUUUUUUCUUGGAAGAAAGUCAGAAGAUAAUAUGGCUACUUGCUGACAGAGUGUAUAACCUGGGCGAUCCGCGACCAAGGGCAACAAGCAUGAAAAAACAAGGAUGGAUUAUCUGCGUGGUUGUUAUUGGUAACCAUGGGAAUGUAGACGAAAUUGCCGACAUAGCAUCUCCGGGAUGUGCUGUCAAAUUUGGAAGUUUUACAGAGUACGCAAAGGUGGCAAAAGAGGCUCAGGGCCUAGACCACAAAAAUAUAAUUGCCUAA